AUGGCGUUCCUCACUCGCUUGCUUCACUUCCUGCUGCUGUCGUUGAUCGCCUGCGCUGCUAUCGCGGCCCCGACUGCCGAUCAGUCUGAUGCCGCCAACUCGGUGGUCGACUCGACUUCCCACGGCUAUCUCAAUAGCUUCGAGGACAAGGCCCUGCAUCUGUAUGAAAGGUUCCGUCACGGAGUUUUUCAUUCCGCAGAUGACAACGCCCAGACUGUGGAGGAGGAUGCUGCACGGUCCAGCCGGGCCAACCUCGCCAAGCGACAGGGUGUGAGCAAUUCGACGAGCGCUGCAGAAACCAGCCAGGCGACGGAACCUGCCACGACUUCGGCGACUGCUGCGGCCACUACUCAAGCGGAGACCUCUGCCAGCAGCGCUGACUCGACCUCGGCCGAACCCACCUCUGCUGCCACCACCGCCGCCGCCACCACCGCGCAUACAACCGCCGUGCAGACUACAUCUAGCUCUAGCAGCAGUGAAUCCAGCUCUAGCAGCAGUGAGUCGAGCUCUAGUAGCAGUGAGUCUAGCUCCUCGUCCACGUCUCCUGUCACCACCACCUCCUCCUCCUCUUCUUCUUCUUCGUCGUCGACGUCGACCUCUUCGACCUCAUCGACUUCGUCUACUGCGUCCUCUUCUUCAUCCUCCUCGUCUUCUACUACCUCUGCCUCUACCUCUUCAUCCACUUCUUCUUCUUCGUCCUCCUCUCACACUCGGACAGCAUCUUCUACCACCAGCGUGCCUGCCACCACCACCUCGUCGACCUCGUCCACUUCCACUUCCAGCUCGACCUCAUCCACCGCAAGGUCGACCACCAUGCACACCACGAGCUCCACAUCGCAGGAUACGACUAGCACGAGCAGCACGACCAGCCAGCCCACCACCCCGUACACCUCCACCUACAAGAUCACCACCACUUUGCCCGACGGUCAGCAGAGCACCGUGACAGCCGUGACAGUCGUGCAUCCCACCGAAACCGCCCGCGAGGUGGCCACCGGCACCAAGGCAUCCCCGGGACUGCAGACCGACUCUGCUGCCUCUGCCAAUGGAUUCGCGCGCGAGUUCGCUCUCAUGAUGGGAGGAGCUGCCGUGGUGGCCAUGGCAUUGUAG